AUGCUCCGCCAAUUUUCCGCCAGCCCUGCCUUCUCCACCCAGGACGGGACCCAGCCCUAUUUCCGAUGCCGUAAAAACCGCAGUGUGCAAGAAUACUACCGCAAGGGCAAGGUCUGGAAGGGUUGCAAUGAGCGCUCAGCCAAAGACACCGCGCGGCAGCAAAUGCUCCAACUCCAGCAGCAAUAUGCCGAGCUUCAGUAUCAGCGGCAGGUCGAGCAACAACUGCGACAACAAGAACAAGGCGACCCGCGAAUGGCGCUCAAUUUCCUCAGAGACAACACAGAUGGCUAUACACCAUCGUCACUGCAGUCGAACGAACAAUCGCGACGUCUGAUUCACCAGACUCAGCAUUUUUUCGAUCCACAAAUUUUCUCUCCUGCUUCGGUAGCCGAAAAACCGGUAUCUCAUCAGAACCCGCAGACAGAGCUGUAUUUUGAGCCUUUCCAAAACCAUCCACCACAGAGCAUGGCUGGAGUCUUCGCAGAGGACAUGCUCCCAGAAUACGAUCUCAACCUCUACUGCAACCCCGGUUCCUCGGCCAGUGCACAUCAGUCGAAUUUCUUUUGCAACUACAGCUGGCCAAAUCUGCAUUUCGAUCCAAGCUUUGAGUCCGGUUUUGAGUUCACAUCCACAGAGGUUCCGGCGAUUGGCUUCGAUCAGUGUCUAGCCAACGCGUCAGCUAACGAUUGCAUCGAACUUCAGAACAACGAUGAUGGAAACAUCUUCUAUGAGCCGGCUACUCCCAAGCAUGACCUGACAGGCGGAGCCUUGGCAAAGCAUCUGAUCCGCCAGAUUGGUCUUGCCGCACGCCUUUUAGCUUUGCACGACUAUUUGUGCAAGAUACGCAACCCCAAUAUGUUCGUCAAGCAAGUCGUUGCUAUGGUCCGUGAGAAGCAGGAUAGGAUGACCAUCCCUUAG